AUGGCAUCUCGGGAAUCCUUUUCGGUGGCGGGACCCGGAGCCGGUCACGAUCUCAACUCUGUCCCCGUGGGGCAGGCUUCCUACCGCGUCAACGUCAACGUCCCCGUCCAUGGCCUCGAUCUCAGCCUCGAUGGCUAUCCGGCCGCGCCCGCGCUGGAUGAUGCAUCGUCAUUCGUACAGCAACAUACCCAUGCUCAUGCGCACCCGCAGCAUCGCCAGCAAGCAGGGCACUCGUCCUUGCACCAACAACACGGCAUUGGGCAUGGCAGCACCACCAACACAGCCGGCGGCGGCCAGUUUGGCAUCUUGGCACCCGCCACAGUGCCACACCAUGACGCCUUCGCCAGUGAGGCCGUCGGAGCCAGACUGGAUGCCACCUCCGUAGGCAAAGGACCUGGCCAUCUGCCCAGCAGGAUGGUCAUCGACCCCCCGGGCCUCGACGCGUGGCGGGAACGCCUGUUCAACGUAGAUGAGAUGAUCGUCCUCACCAACGAGCAGUUCGAGACGUACUUCCCCCACGUGGACAAUGUGUACUCGCACCGCUCGACGCAGCGCUACAAGCGCAAGCCCUUUGUCUCCCACUACUGGGACUGCCGGAUGAAGGGCCGCCCGCCGGGGACGCCUAAGUCGGACGACCCCAACAAGAAGAAGCGCAAGAGGACGGCGCGGGAGCGCGACCUGUGCGAUGUGAAGAUCAAGAUCACCGAGUACGCGCCGGGGGCUCAGAUCAUGCUUGACUCCGGAUCCGGCGACACCUCGUUCAUGCCGCCGCCCGUCGACGUCGGGACCGGGCAGCGGUUCUGGACCAUCCAGAGGGUCAACGGCAACGGGGGCAACGGGAAGGGCGAUGGCGUUGCGGGGCCACACAGGCAUACGCUGGCAAAGAGCGACGAGAUCAAGAAGAACAGCAUCCAGCGGUACCUCGCGCAGCAGGAGAAGGAGGUGAAGAAGAGCCAGAAGCCGCCGCAGCAUAGAGCCACUGGGGCUGCUAUGGCUACGAUAAGGAAACAUAACAAGGAUAGUGCUCUGAAGCUGUAUUCGGCUUGUUUCUGCCCGUUUUCUCAAAGAGUAUGGAUUGCCCUCGAGGCAAAGGGCAUUGCCUACCAGUACUGUGAGAUCAACCCCUACAAUAGACCAGCUCCAGCAGCUUUCCUCGAAGGGAACCCAGGAGGACGCGUGCCUACUAUCCGGCAGGGUGACUGGACCUGUGCUGAGAGUAGCAUUAUAUUAGAAUACCUCGAGGACACCGACACGAGCAUCCUGCUUCAUCCAACGGAUCCUCAACAAAAGGCGGAUUCUCGAGUGUGGAUGCAAUUAAUCGACUCGCAGAUUGUCCCGGCUUUUUUCAAUCUUCUGAGAGCAGGCGAUCUGGCCCUGCAGGCAGAGGCCACCGACCAGCUUCAGAGCGCGAUUGCGCGGCUGGUUGUUGCAGCACAAGAAGAGGGUCCAUUCUUCUACGGCGACACUCUAAGUCUUGUCGACAUUCACUUUGCGCCGUUUGCGAUCCGACUCUCUCGCGUGAUCCAACCGUUGCGCGGAUGGUUAGACCCUCUUCCUGAGACACGAUGGCAUCGCUGGCUAUCAGCGUUGGAAGGGAAUGCGCAUGUGAAAGCAACCAUGAGUGGGAGAGAGUUAUAUAUCGAGACAACUGAGCUUCUCGCACAGAAGCCGUCAGUUGGGCCAGGCCGAACCGCAUGA